AUGUCUCAUUACGCCGCAGCUCAUCAGAACCCCCAGGGUCCAGGCGACGCCCGCCCCACGGCUCUCCAAAUCAUCGAAGACGAAAAUCUCGUCGGAAAGCUGGCCGGUAAGACAAUCUUCAUUACCGGCGCAAACCAAGGCAUCGGAUUGGACACUGCUCGUGCCCUCUACGCGACCGGCGCGGAUAUCUUCCUAGGCGUUCGGAGCAACGAGAAGGGCGACAAGGCCAUAGCCAACAUUGAAAACACCCCGAAUCUCCCUGGGAGAGGAUCACUCCAGGCUGUCGUGCUUUCACUGGACUCACUUGACUCCGUGCGCAAGGGUGUCGAGAGUUUCCUGGGCAAGAGCGGGGGCAAGCUCAACAUCCUCAUUAAUAACGCUGGUGUCAUACAGCAGGAGAAGACGAAGACUAUUGACGGAUUUGAGUCCCACUUUGGGACGAAUCACAUUGGGCAUUUUCUUCUCUUCCAACUGCUGCGGCCCGCACUGCUGGCGUCUGUCACUCCGGAGUUUCACUCCCGCGUCGUGGCCGUUUCCUCGAUGGCUCACCGCGCGAGCGAAAUCCGUUUCCACGACCUCAACUUUGAGGAAGAAGACUCCUUCGAGCAGUCAGUGGCCUAUGGGCAUUCGAAGACGGCCAACAUAUACUUUUCAAACGAGAUUGAGAGGCGCUUCGGCCCCCAAGGCCUCCACUCGCUCUCGUUGCAUCCCGGGUCUAUUAUGACGAACAUGUCUGCCGCGCAGCCCGUCGAUGUGGAAGCGGCGAAGGCGGCAAUGGGCGAGGAACUCUUCAACAGGAUGAUGAGUAUCCUCAAGAGCCCGGCCCAAGGGGCUUCCACCACUGUCUACGCCGCCGUCAGCAAGGAGUGGGAGGGAAGAGGUGGCAAAUAUCUCAGCGACUGUGUCAAGGCUCACCCGACCUCCGCCGGCUACAACAUGAUGUCAACGGACACCGGAUAUGCGCCUUGGGCCUACGACGAGGCAAAGGCGAGCUUGCUCUGGAAGGAGUCUAGUAAGCUGGUCGGCAUAAACGAGGAAUAA